CCGUGUGUCCGCCCGUCCGUCCGUCCGUCCGCGGCCGGCGCUCCGCGCAGCGCUGCGCGGGUGGGCGCGGAGCAGCUCCGGCGGGGGACGGAGACGGGGGGGGCCGGCGGCGGCGGCGGCGGAGGGGGCGAGAUGAGCGCUGGGCUCCCCCUGGGCACAGAGCCGCCCUGUGAAUGAGCUGAGGCGAGGCCGCCAGCCGGGUGCCCCCCUCCUUCUCCUCCUCCUCCUUGUCCCCCCCUCCUUCCCCUUCUCCCCCGCGCACCGCCGGGAGCGCGGCCCUGCCCGCACAGCCGGCGCCGACGCCGCGGCCGGGGGGAACUGAAGGAAGGUCACCAUGGGAGCAUUUUUAGACAAGCCAAAGAUGGAGAAGCAUAACGCCCAGGGGCAGGGGAAUGGGCUGCGUUACGGUCUGAGCAGCAUGCAGGGCUGGCGCGUGGAAAUGGAGGAUGCGCACACGGCUGUGAUUGGUUUGCCAAAUGGACUUGAUGGAUGGUCGUUUUUUGCUGUUUAUGAUGGGCACGCUGGAUCCCAGGUUGCCAAGUACUGCUGUGAGCAUUUAUUAGAUCACAUCACGAGCAACCAGGAUUUUAAAGGGCCAGAUGGGCCACCAUCUGUGGAAAGUGUAAAGAACGGCAUCAGAACAGGUUUUCUGCAAAUUGAUGAACACAUGAGAGUCAUCUCUGAGAAGAAGCAUGGUGCAGACAGAAGUGGGUCAACAGCUGUGGGUGUCAUGAUUUCUCCCCAACACACGUACUUCAUCAACUGUGGAGACUCAAGAGGUUUGCUUUGUCGAAACAGGAAGGUUCACUUCUUCACACAGGAUCACAAACCAAGUAACCCGCUGGAGAAGGAGCGUAUACAGAAUGCAGGUGGCUCCGUCAUGAUUCAGCGUGUGAAUGGCUCCCUUGCUGUUUCAAGGGCACUUGGGGACUUUGAUUACAAAUGUGUCCAUGGGAAAGGUCCUACAGAACAGCUGGUCUCACCCGAGCCUGAAGUUUAUGAAAUUGAGAGAUCAGAAGAAGAUGAUCAGUUCAUCAUCCUGGCUUGCGACGGUAUCUGGGAUGUUAUGGGAAAUGAAGAGCUGUGUGACUUUGUAAGAUCCAGACUUGAAGUCACUGAUGACCUUGAGAAAGUUUGCAAUGAGAUAGUUGACACCUGCUUGUACAAGGGAAGUCGAGACAACAUGAGUGUGAUAUUGAUCUGUUUUCCGAAUGCACCAAAGGUAUCACCAGAGGCGGUGAAAAGAGAGGCAGAGUUGGACAAGUACCUGGAAAGCAGAGUAGAAGAGAUCAUAAAGAAGCAGGGUGAAGGAGUGCCAGACUUAGUCCACGUGAUGCGUACGUUAGCAACUGAGAGCAUCCCAAACCUCCCGCCGGGGGGGGAGUUGGCAAGCAAACGGAGUGUGAUUGAAGCUGUGUAUAACAGACUGAACCCCUACAGGAAUGAUGAUGCUUCUGGAUUAUCCAGAAACUGCCGCAAGGAUGGGCACUCCAGACUUUAAAGGGUUCCUUCUUUUUUCUUUAAGGAUUCUGCCUCAACUGAUGAUAUGUGGUAAAACUGCUCAUCUAGCUGUGGAGUUCACCUUUCAUCCUGCAAAUGAAAGUGCAGCCCAACCUCAGUGACCCUUCUUAACAUCCAUCCUCAACCUUAAUUAAAGAAGGGAAUAUGAUGUGUUGGUGAGAGUGACUACAGCAGUACAACAUCUAGCCCAGGAACUGAUCUUUUUUGUAAAACAGACUUCUGUAAACGUGAUUUCAAACCAUAAAUUCAUGUUGUAAAUCAGACUCCAGCAAUUUAUGUUGUAUGAUUUUGUUUUUGUAAAGUGCAAUUGUCUUUGUACAAAUGCUCAUAUUUAAUUAUGAACCGCUUUAAAUCACUAUAAAGGUUAGAAGAAAUGUUUUGGCUUGUGUGAUGCAACAAUAUAUAUCCCUUUUAAAAAUCAUGUUGUGGUUUUGGAUUGCAAGGAGCAGCAGCCUAGCCAGCUAGGUGCUCAAGAGGUGCACAAAACUGUUAAAGAUAACUUUUUGGUUGAUAUGAAAGCUGAACUCAUGGGCAACCUACCAGAAAUUACAGUGUGUGAAUUUCGCUUGGCCAUGGAAAAAUAACUUAGGAGUAGUGCACAUUCUUCAACAAACAUACAUCAUUUUCUUGGAUGCACUCCUGCUCUCACGUUGAGUCGAAGGGAUUUGUAAUUUGGAGUUCAGUGGGAGUUAAAUCAUGCCCUGUUAACAGUAUGCUGUUCAUACAUGUACCAAUCUUGGAAUUAGAACACCUUGGUUCUUUGCACCUCUUUUUUCAUUAACCCUUACCUGAAACUACUAAUCACUGAGCACGAAGACAACUUUCUUCAUAAAGUAGGAGUCUGCAGCAUUUUUACAAUCCUGAUUGGCUGGGUCUGCUGCUGUUCCAAGAAAAAUACUCUUGAAUUCCAUUUUAUCAAUAAAGCUUGAUUUAACAAACAAGACAUUUACCCAUAAAUGUGUAAUUCCUUCUUUUCCUGCCUUUUAAAAUGUCAGUGCCAUUGUAAAUGAUAUUUUACUUGUGGAAGAAUAUUUUUCUUAAUUGGUAGCCCAUUUUUAAAAUGGGAAGGAUUUUGAUUAUUGCCCAAGACAUAGCCAUAUGCUAGAGGAUGAUGUGGGAUUAAUCCGUUACCCUAUUUUUUACAAAUGUGGGUUUUUUCAGGCUUUUUGGUGUUGGUUUUUUUUUCUCCUCCCUACUGAAGAUGUGCAUUGGUUUGAAUUUGCCUACUGUUUGAUAAAAAUACAUUUGUCAAAGCCUGACAAUCUUUAACAUUUUAUGGUGUGUGUUUUUAAUUGACCCUCUUACUUAGAAUGAGAGACUAGUGGUUAAACAGUACUUGUGAUUUGAGGUAUAGCAUGUUGACAAUAUUUAACUGUUUGUUGUUUAAAAUUCUAAUUUAAAAUUUUAUAAGAUAAUAAACUAAUUUGAUUUAAGCUUAGCUUUCUCCCAUUGAGCAUACGAAAAUUAAGUUUUCAAGUCAGUCGUGUUUGCAAAACUGCUGUUUUGUGCACCUUGUAUUGUCUUUUUGGUUGAGAAUAUUGUAUUUAAUAUGUAGUUUACUCAUUUAGUAGGCAGAUUCCUCAAAAGGAAAAUCAGUAAAACAAGUAGAUUGUAACAUUUACUGCAGUUAAACAGAAUCAGAACUUGGUGUAUAAUUACUUUUUGAUAGGAAAAUGUAGUACAAUGCAUUUUGCUAUAUUUGUCUUUCCCUAACUUUGACAUAUACAUAUUUGUAUAUAUAGCCUUAAAACUAAUGCAGAGUUAGGGAACACUGAACAGUGAAAAAGUAACUUAUAGUGUCUUGGAACUAAGUAUAGUAUAUACCAGCAAACUUUUCUUUUAUCCCUCUUGUCUAUGUGGGGUGCUUAAACGUAACUUCAUUGUAUUCAGUUUGUAAUCUGUUCAAGCAUGAAUGAAGAAAACAUAAGCACUAUUUGUAUUUAUAAAUUUAUAGCAAUUUUUGCUUAAAGAACCAGUUCCUUACCUACCUAUGAAUAAAUGCUUAAAAUGUCUAAUUUUGUUGUAGAGUGCAAAACUAUAAUGAUGUUAAGUUAUAGCUUCACAGGCACCUAAUUAACGAGCAUAUUUAAUAAUACAUGGCGUAUUAGUGUGAAAAGCUAAACUUAAUUUAGGACUAGGCAGAUGAAGUUCUGUCCUUUUUUUUCAUAGAGACUAAAGUUUAGUUUUGGAAACUGCAAAACCUUGAACUGGACUGUGGAACCUUUGAGUUUUAAACUAUAAAAAUCGGAAGCAAAACUGUGGUGUGAAAAGCCAUACUUCAAACCAUAAUCACUUAAACUGUCUCAGUGACAAAGGAGAUUUUUGAAGCCUCUUCUGAUGAGAUCUCCUGAAAGUUAGGAAGAAAAUAAUUCUGCUGUUGCUACAGGUGAUGUGAGUAGGUUUGAGGGUAGUGGCAGAAAGCCCGUUUCAGGCCUUUCUCUCUCCCGCCUACGUUCAGCGUUUCGAUGAGCUCAGAGCACUGAAUUAUGAUGUAUGCAUAAACACUGCCAUUUUAGAUACAGACUUUGAUUACAGAAUAAACCAGUUAAGUAUAUAAAGCAUCCUAGAAAAGAGGCAAGCUGUACUUUUUUCACUGCUCUGAAAACAAAAAGGCACUUUUGCACCUUUGUGCAUCUCCUUCUUGCACCAGAAACUUUUUUUUUUUAAAUGCUAAAAACAUUAGCACCUCAGGGGCAAGGCAGCAAUCUUUAUUUUGAAAUAUUGUGUGCUAUUUAUUUCCCUCUUGGAAAAAGAUUCAUGUGUGACAAAAAUGAAAAUUGUGUGAUGUUAACAGAUGUAUUUUUAAAUACAUGUUCAAAUAGGAUGGUCCCGAUUUGCUUGUUUUUAAAAGGAAAUGACAUUUGUAAAGCUACUUUGCUUCGUAUGCCAUGCAACUUUGUUUUCCUUCUACAUUUGACAGCUUCACUGGCUACAGUUUCUGUGAGUUUUGUUAUAGUCAGAUUAAAUGUUUGGCUGAUCGUUCUGGGAGAAUACCUGUAACUGCUUUAUAGACAACUGUUCCAAAUAAUUCUCGCUAAUUCAGCAUUGAAAAUAUGUUCAAGACAGAAGCUUCUAAAAUGUGCUUUAAACCAGUGUUGGAUGAAUUAAAUGCAGUGACAUUAAGUAGGAUCCUAGGUUUGCAAGGCUUUGUAAAUCCUUUGUAUCCGUAGAGACCCCAGUACUCUGCUGGGGCAGGAACAGAGCCUGAGCCUUUCAGCUGGGCUUGCUCUCAGCUGGCCCAGGAGCAACACCACCACAACCUUGAGGCACAGCCAUCACUCAGUUAAACUUUGAGCUGGAGUCAGAAUUGGAGAGGGAAUUUCAUCAGCUUAUGGUUAAACUGCUCUGAGCUGUGGCAGGCGUAGGUUGUGUCAGUGAGGUGCCUGGUGAAUACUGAGCAGCAGAUGAGUCAUGGGAGCACUUACCUUGAGAGUUCCUGCAGGUGCCAAAGCUGUUCUUUUCAACAUUUACUUGUAGCAAACUGACUUCAAUGUCCAGUACAUUAUAUAUUGUAAAGCUGGUGCUGUCACUAUAUAGGUUUAUGUCUGAGCCAUUUUGCUCAGUUCAGGAGUUGGAAGCUUAAGAUGAUGGAACAAAAUUAGGGAUCAGUUUUCACUUUAGUUGGUUCCCUGAUAAGAAUCCCGCCUUAAUUUUAUACACUGGGAUAGGAGACACUUCCUACUGCAUUCCAUUUUUAGUAGUUUAUGGUCUGAAGAUGUGGUUUCAUGAUCUUAGGCCAAGACUAAACCAUUGCUCCUAGUUUGCCCCUACUGCCUUUUUUUUGUGCCAGUGCUUGUCCUUAAGUGGGUGUGCAGUUAGGAGAAAGAAAAAACACUGUCCUCUUGAGCUGGGUAAAUUGAUAAUCCAGCUGUGGGGUGCUGGUGCUAGGGAAGAAUGGAGAGUGGGGAGACAGGACUGAGAGCAAAGGAAUGCUUGCCCCACCCCUCCUGCCACAGUUUGGGAAACCACACCCAGAUAAAUGAUGGCCUGUGUAGGGAGCAUCAAAGCCUUUGCAGAUCUUUCCCCACUUAAGACAAACAUUUUACUUUGAUAAAUAUUUAUUUUCUUUAAACUGGAACCAUCAAACUUCAGUCUCAAUGUCUUGUGUGUGAGUUCUGUGCUGACAGCCUUCCUCUGUGUUCACAUUCUCUGGAGGUUUGGAGCUCUGUCCUGUGGGAGAGACAGCAUGGCUGCCACAAUUAGGUUAAUGAUAUGGUUGUUAGAGCUUACCUUAGUUCAAUGUACAUCAGGAUUUCAUCAUGCCAGGAUGUUCACCUCCAUCUCUGCCUGCACCUUCUUGAGCUGCUUUUGUGCAGAAAUGACUUGGUGUGUUUCAAUUCCUUGGUAUUUAAAUUUGGCCAUGUCUGAAAGGGGCUGACCUUUAGGAAAGCCAGUGCCCUUUUCCUCAUCUUUUGUUAAAUAAAGUACUUGAUACAAACCUGAUGUACCUUGCAUAGGUUCAGAGACAGCAAAACUGUAGAGCUGCAGGGCUGUACCUGACAUUCUUGUGUAGAAAAUGAAUUGUUACUUGGUGCCAAGCUUUACCAGCUAUGAAGAUAAUGUCUCCUAGAUAAUGAGUGUGGCUCCUUGUUAUUGCAACUACCUGUGUCUGAGGUGAUCACAGCUGAGCCUUUAUGGGCCACUUCAGGGUGUAAACUCUGCAUCUGGCUAGAGAGGUUUUUUGACUCUCUAAGUGGUGAAAAGAGGCUCCAGACAUGAAUUUCCAGGAUGCUGUAGCACAAAAAAAUGAAUCUGAUUCCUGCUCUAAGCUGUAAGAAAGGAGCAGAAUUUAAAAGUAUCGCUCUGUGGCUGAAUAAUUUUGACUGACCUGUCUGAAAUACUGACCAGAGACUCCAUUUUUCUGUGAGCUUUUUCUCUGGAGUGCUUGCACAGUCUGCAGCUUUCUGCAGACCCAGGUGUGCACAUCUGAAGCACUCUGUGGCCUUAUUUUGCUUAAUAACAUUGCUUUAUAAAUGAGGUAGCAGCCACCUGGGCUGUGGCAUGUGUUCUCAGGAGGUCAGGAAGCUGUAGGAAAACUUGAAUCUUCUCUUUAGUAUCAUGGACCACUAAAUGCAUUCAAGUAGAAAAAAAAUUAGACACGUUCAAAGUUGAGUUUACAUUGUCUCCCAUUGACAGUUUGUUUCUAGAAAAAUGCCAACUACUUCUACCAUUUACUAAAUAUGUGAAAAAAAUGUCUGGAGCUUUAAUCUCCUGAUUGUGUCACAGUUGUUGACUUGUAGUUACUUAGGCUUUGUGCAUAUUCCUCAUUUUCUCUGUGUUUUUGUUUGGUGUUCCUUUUGAGUAGCAGUAACACAGCUCUUUCUUUUCCCCAUCUCUUGUACACAUUCUUCUGAAGUCUUUGCUUCCAGGCUAAGGGAACAGGAGUGAUAUUGAUGUCUUAGGAAAGUGUUUCAGGAGAGGCUUGCUUUAAAUGCAAUGACCACAAACCCCCUCAACUUUUGCACCACAAGAGUUGGGAAAGUGGGCUUAACUUAAAAAAUGCCUUUUAUAGAACCAAGAAAAUCUGAAAGUGUCAAAACUUGGGUAGAAAUGGGAUGACAGGUCAGGUUUCUAGAGUGGUUUAGGCAUAGCCAGAUUUUUACACAAAACUUGAACUAAUUCCUGCCCAAGUACUUUUUAAAAUAUCACUAGGCACCUGCUUUCUUAUUUUUUCUUUCUUUUCCAAAAUGGGAAGAAUAAAACCAAUGAUCCUCACUACUGUGUGACCAGCCAUUUGUCUGAGGGCUGGGUGCUGUGUCAGGCAGUACCAAAUUCCUUUUUGCUUCCUUGAAGUGUUGGCUCUGAAGAGCUUGGUGGGAAUGUGGGGUUUUUCCAGGUGGACAGGACUCCCCAUGUGUGUUGUGAGGAGGCCUCUGGAAUUGAAGGAGCUGCCACUGUUAUUUAUUUUGAGAAAUACCUUUAGGAAUAAUGAGAAAACAGACUGGCAGGUCCUCAAGCAUUCAAUACUUUUAUUCUGUUGAUGUCUGUAGAGCAAGGUCCAGAGUUUCAAUUCAGCUGUUGCUGAAUUCCAGCCAGUCUGAGCAGUGCUAAUACUGGACACCCAAUUUCAUUUUCACUGUUGGGAGUUCAGGCUGGAUCACAAUAUUUCUGUUCACACUACAGGGGAAAAUUAGAGUCAGAUAGGCUUGGGAAAGUCAGGCACAAACUUAACUGUACUUCCUGCUGACGUUGAUGGAGCUUUUGCUCACAACAUACAAAUUCUGCACAGGUUGUUAGAGCCUUAACUAUCCCACUUCUCUUGGAAUGAAAAACAAAUGUAAUUUUUAUUCAGUUUAGGUUUUGAAAAAGCUUUUCAAAGCCAAAGGGAAAACAGUGGUAAUGUUAAAAAAAAAUGUUUGGUUAAUCUGAGAUAAUUUCUUAAUUCUUUAAAUGUCUAAGAUUUUUUUCACUUUUAAAACCUCAGAAGAGCACAGUUUAAGAGGUUUGAUCUUUGAUGCAGUGCUUUUAGCUGCAAACAAAUGAAGUCAAAAAUGACGUGUCCAGGAUGGAAAGACAAUGAGACCUUGAAAAUGUAGGAAUAAAUGUGCUGAAUUUACAUAGAAUUAUAUCCAUGUCCAGUGAUGGACUCCUGAAAGGUUGGAACUAGAUGAUCUUUAAGGCUCUUCCAACCCAGACCAUUCUAUGGACCAUUCUGUGAAAGGAUCUUUGACAGUGUUUAUAAGGUAACUUUUUAUUCUUGCUGAGUGUUGCCAGACUGAGAAGUCUGCUGCAAUUUGGAAUUUCCAGCCCUUUAAAUUGGAAACUGGGCAUGGCACACCAGAGCCCCCAGUGCUGGGAUGCUGUUACCCCAUGUUCCAUGGGAUAAUGCCCUGCAGCCCAUGGGAGUUGGGGUUUCCCAGCCUGGUUUUGCUGAUGACCUUGGGCACCAAGAGUUAAAUUGUAUUUAUUAACCACAUCUAACUCUUUGGUGCCAGGAAUCCACUUUUUGGAGUAAGUGCUGAAUUAUGCAAAUGUUCUUGGCAAAUGGUGCUGGGUAUUUAACUGCUUGGAAAUCUCAAUUACUCGUGACCAAGAGUUGAUAGGAGACAAAAGCUGAGAUUCUCCCAGCCAGGGAGUGCUGCAUAUCUGAAAAGUGUGAGCUUUGACUUCCAGGACCAGCUGUUUGAUAAAUCUUUGUAAGCAGAGAUUUUGGGUUCUAGCAUCUGUCUUGUUCCUAAGACCACGUACAAACAUGCUGAAUUAGAGAGUUUUCACCUGUCUUCUCACAGAAUUGACUCCACACCAUAAGAGUCUCGUUUGUAGUGACAUGCUGUGCCUGUCUUUUUAGAAAAUUCAUUACCUCUUUAUAUCUAUUUUGUGGAAAGUGUAACUUUUUUCAUUGAUGACCUGUAUAAAUGUGUGUUACGAAUGGAGAGAUUUAAGCUUGAAAAGCAUGUUUGCAGAUUACACAGCUUCAUUAUGGAAUUUAUAAAUUUAACAGAGUAAUAUACAAGAGCAUAACUAUUUUCCUUAAGUAGAAUGUAUAACAAUAUAUAAUAAAUUAUUCUCCACGUAGUUCACCCACUAUUUACAGUUUUACACAAUUCAAACUGUGUGUUUACAGAAAGUUCAAUAAAUGUAUAUUUUGUAC